AGUACGACCCCACCAUCGAGGACUUUUACCGCAAGGAGAUCGAGGUGGACUCGUCCCCGUCAGUGCUGGAGAUCCUUGACACGGCGGGUACCGAGCAGUUCGCCUCCAUGCGCGACCUCUACAUCAAGAACGGCCAGGGCUUCAUCCUCGUCUACAGCCUGGUCAACCAGCAGUCCUUCCAGGACAUCAAGCCGAUGAGGGACCAGAUUGUCCGGGUGAAGAGAUACGAGAAAGUUCCUCUGAUCCUAGUGGGGAAUAAAGUGGAUCUGGAGUCGGAGAGGGAGGUCUUAUCUGCAGAAGGCAGAGCCCUGGCUCAGGAGUGGGGCUGUCCCUUCAUGGAGACGUCAGCCAAGAGUAAAACAAUGGUGGAUGAACUGUUUGCUGAGAUCGUCAGGCAAAUGAACUAUGCCUCCUUGCCUGAAAAACAAGAUCAGUGUUGUACAACUUGCAUCGUCCAGUGAGAGAAACUAAGAAAAACCUCAAUCAUGGCCAUACAGAGCAGGUUGGUGGAACAGUCGUAAGUAAUUGAGAUGCAUAAGCAUGCUGUUUAAGGAAGCAGAUAAAGUCUGACAGGGAGUCUGAAAUUAAGUAGUCUAACCUGGAGGAAGCCUUCCUCUAAAGGUG